AUGGUGGCGCGCAGAAGAAAGCGUGUGGCGCGGGAGUCUGAGUCCAGGGUUCCAAUCCUGCCCGGCUACUCAGCCAUUCCGAUAAAAUUCUCUGAAAAGCAGCAGUCUUCUCAUUACCUCUAUGUGAGAGAGCACAAGGUUCGAGAAGGCACCAGGUCUUCCUGGCCUCAGAAGCGGACCCUUUUUGUCCUCAAUGUGCCCCCAUACUGCACAGAGGAGUGCCUGUCCCGCCUCCUGUCCCCCUGCGGGCCCGUCCAGUCGGUGGAGUUACAGGAGAAGCCGGAGCUUGCUGAGAGCCCAAAGGAGCCCCCGUCGAAGUUCUUUCACCCCAAACCAGUUCCCGGCUUCCAGGUGGCCUACGUGCUGUUCCAGAAGCCCGGCGGCGUGUCGGCCGCCCUGGCCCUGAAGGGCCCCCUGCUGGUCUCCACUGAGAGCCACCCUGUGAGGAGCGGCGUCCUCAAGUGGAUCCGAGACUACACGGACUCAGUGCCGGACCCCGAGGCCCUGAGGGUGGAGGUGGACGCCUUCAUGGAGACUUACGACCGGAAGAUAGCAGAGGAGGCGGCCAAGGCCAAGGAGGAGGAAGGCGUUCCGGACGACGAGGGCUGGGUGAAGGUGACCCGCCGGGGCCGCCGGCCAGUGCUCCCAAGGACGGAGGCGGCCAGCCUGCGGGUGCUGGAGCAGGAAAGGCGGAAGCGCGCCCGCAAGGAGCUGCUCAACUUCUAUGCCUGGCAGCACCGCGAGACCAAGAUGGAGCAUCUCGCGCAGCUGCGCAAGAAGUUCGAGGAGGACAAGCAGAGAAUCGAGCUGAUGCGGGCCCAGCGCAAGUUCCGACCCUACUGA